AUGUUUGAGGAUUUGAAUUAUGCUAUCAACAUCGAUAAACUUGGGGCUUUGCAACCCAUUUUAAAUUGUGCCGCAGCAGAUGAACCUGAAGUUCGCGCUGCCGCUGUCUGGGCCCUCGGCUCUGCUCUGCAGGAUUUGAAAGAGGUGAAAGAUGUCUUCAUGCAGCGAGAUGGACAUGAAGUCUUGGCAAAAUGUCUCUUAGACCUCAACGCAAAGGUGAGGGCGAAGGCUGUCAUGGCGUCAUCGGCCUUGUUGAGAAAUUCGUCAAAGGAGAUUCGAGAACGCUUUGCAGAGCUGGGAGGCACUAUCUCUCUCCGGCGUCUUCUCGCAGAUGAUAACAUUUUGGUAAGGAGACGAGCCAGGUUCUUCAUGCAACAUGCGAGGGCAACGGGAAAUGAAGAGUUUGUGCGAGAUCUACUUGACGACCGGAAUGCCAUUGCCGCGUUUUCAGAGUCCAUUGCCGCCCUCGAUGUUGACGAUGUCGCUGAUAUGGAAGCAGGCAUUGGAGCACUGCAAGUACUGGUCGAAAUAGAUAAGCAAGGCCUGCUGAGAGUCGCACCAGAGUUGCCAGGAGUCAUCGAUCAAGUAGUUGCCCGAUGCGGGGAUCCAGACCUCGCUGAAUCCUUGACAAGUCUUGCAGACUCGCUGGGAGGAUGA